AACGGACUCUCCCUUCAAACGGGAAACAAGAUGGCGGCGGCAGGUCCGAGUACGCGGGCCUCUUCCGCGGCGGCAGCGGCGGCUCUCAGUCGGCGGGGCCGACGGGGCCGCUGUGACGAGAUGGCGGCAGUCAAGACUGGGGCCCCGGGCGCAGCCUCUGGCCCCGCGCUGCUGGUGUUGCCAUCACCGCUGCUGCAGCCGCCGCCACCGCCGCGGCCGGAGGAGUCGGGCUGCGCCGGGUGCUUGGAGACCCCGGGGGAAGCGGCGGCCCUGCCGUGCGGCCACUCGCUGUGCCGAGGCUGCGCCCAGCGCGCCGCCGACGCGGCGGGCCCGGGUUGCCCCCGCUGCAGAGCCCGCGGCCCUACUUGGGCCCGCCGUCGGGCCCGCGACGACGGCCAGGCCGACGCGGAGGUGCAGGGCGAGCGCGCCCGCCGCGGCCAGCCGGAGCGCUGCCGCCCGCGCCGGGACGGGGGCGCGGCCGCCGCGGGGCCCAGGCCGGAGCAGGAGCCGCGCGCUGGGGCCGCAGAGCCAGAGUUUAUAUUCAGAGCACCAAUCAAAUUAAGCAAGCCUGGGGAACUUCGUGAGGAAUAUGAAAGCCUGAGAAAGCUGAGAGAGGAAAAGUUACAAGAGGAGAAAACCUCUGAAGAUCAAAUCCACAAGCUGUUAUCAGAGGAUAUGGAAACGGGGAAAAGGAAAAUGGAUGACCAGAAGAAGAGAGAUGAGCCAUUAGCACUGAAGACAGAUCUGGAGCAUUGUCCUGCACGCCUCUCAGAUUCGGAGAACGAAGAACCUUCCCGAGGCAAGAUGACACAGACCCAUCGUUCCGCAUUUGUUUCCAAGAACAACUCCUACUCCUUAGCUUUCCUGGCAGGGAACUUAAAUUCCAAGGUGGAAAGGAGUCAGAGUUGCAGUGACACUGCUCAAGACAGAGCAAAGAGCCGACUACGAGCAGCCCCAACCAGCAAAACCAAGGUCACAGCUAUGGCCCCAGGCUCCAACCCCAUCAUUGGCGUCCUCCUGUCCACUCAGAACAACCGCUGCCUCUCCGCCCCGGACUUAACGGUGGAAAAACGUCUCCCCUUCAGUUCCCUCUCAUCCUUGGCUUCUCUGCAUAAGCCAGAGCGCUCCAUCAGUCCUGAGAGCAACGACAGCAUCUCUGAGGAGCUAAACCAUUUCAAGCCCAUUGUCUGCUCACCCUGUACUCCUCCCAAGAGACUCCCCGAUGGCCGGGUGCUCAGUCCCCUCAUCAUCAAAUCAACACCCCGCAACCUCAACAGAAGCCUGCAGAAGCAGACUUCUUAUGAGGCUAGCCCAAGGAUCCUCAAAAAGUGGGAACAGAUCUUUCAGGAGCGGCAGAUCAAAAAGACCCUUUCAAAAGCCACCCUCACAUCCCUGGCUCCAGAAACAGGGGAAGACUUAGUAGUGUCCGAAGUUACCCAUUCUAGCAAGGAAAAGCCACCUCUGACUUUCCAGACGAGACUGGCGGGUGGGCAGGCCCUCUCUGCGUGUGCCGGACCCACCCCCACUGGCCUUGAUUCUUUCCCCUCUGUGAGCCAAACAAAAGUGGAAGCCGGCAGCGAGAGUAAAAGGAGCCCCGAGGUUGCAUCCGAAACCCGCUGCUCUUCAGAACUGCGUGUGGGCGCCAGUGGGACUUCCUCAGAGAGAGAGCAGGAGGAAGGGCCGGGGCCCACCCCAGAGGCCAAGUUAGACACCACCUGUCAGAGCACAACCGUGAAAAACCCGGUGGUUCAUUCCGCGCUACCCAAAAAUAGCGUUCUGAGGGCGGUCCUCAAAACAAAGAAGCAGCUGAAGACUGCGAAUCAUUUUGACCUGCCCAAUGGUGUGCUGGCAGACAACCUCGGCGAGGAGCCCCUUCCUUCCUUGCGCCGGGGCCGGAAAAGACAUUGUAAGACCAAGCACUUGGAACAGAAUGGCUCCCUGAAGAAACUGCGGCCAAGCGGCGGGGAGGCAGGCCCAGCCCUGCGGGAGAUGGAACAGAAGCUGCGGCAGGAGGAGGAGGACCGGCGGCUGGCCCUGCAGCUGCAACGCAUAUUCGACAGCGAGAGGCGGACUGUGAGCCGGAGGAAAGGGAGCGUGGAUCAGUAUCUCCUGAGGUCCAGCCACGUGGCCGGGGCCAAGUAGUGCCCCAGGAACAUGUGAACUGUUUUCACGAGGUCUCUGGGCCUGAUCAUUUUAUUCUGAAGAGCUGGGCGUUCUCACUUUGGGUUUCUUUUCACGGCAAAACGCUGUCUGCUACAGUUUGGAGAGGUCCCAGGGCCUUUGUGGUCUCUGUCCAAGGAUGCUGUGUCUCUGCCUCUCGGUGACGGAAGCCAGAAGCACGCCUCACCCCUAAGAGACCCCCAGCCCUGAGGGCUUCUGGGCCAGGUCUGGCAGCACCCACUUGCAAGGAGAUGCGGGAGCACAGGGGCCAGAGUUAGAGAUGGUAGAGGAGGCAGGGGAUACCUUCUGAAACGGACAGAUCUCCUGACUUCUUCCAACAGGGUGUUAUUUUAAAUCAGCCUUGCAGAUAAAAAGUUCCCUCCCUCUUAGAGAAGUGGAGCAGAGUCGCUGUUUGGCAGAUCCCAAAAAAUCAUGUUCCCCCUUUUCCUUACCUGUGCUGCAAGUAAAUACACCUAAUGAAAUCAGUUGAGUUUACCCUACUACAAAAGUUUACCUUUCCCGUGUAAAAACUAACAUUGGAUUAAUGCUCUGUAGUUGACAGACCACAUUCACGGUUAUCAUUCAGUCUGGUCUUCCUGGGAGCCUCACCUGUAAGUGGGAUCAGUGCCAUUUUUGAGGGUGGAACUGCAGGGCGGACGUUCAGGUCCUGUCCUUCACUCAGUGGCAUAGCCCAGCUGACUGCUGGGGCUCCUGUCAGCAGAUCCCAGAGAUUUUUUCACACUAACACGUUCGAUAGGUUGCCAUAAUGGACAGCAACCCAGGGACCUGCCAGGGGAGCCUAGGGAAAGCUGACCGAGCAUUUGAGUACUGAUUGUGCAAGAUCCACAGGCAGAGAAUUGAGAUCAAUGGGAGCUAUAAAGUACUGUGCAGAUAUCCACCCUUCUCUGCCCGCCCAGCCCCCCACUUUACAGCUUUCUGUUUUCUGGGCGGGGGUCGGGGGGUAGAGGGGAUUCCACCUUGUGAGACAAACUACAGUUGAACUUCGUUACUACUCUCCACAUGUCCAAGGGUUAUCUGCAAUGUUGAUCUAAAAUCCCCCCAAAUUUGCCCAGAAGUCAGGCAAGAGUGAUGCUGAAACUCCAUACUGUGGAAACGAGGUAUCUGGCUGGAUGCAGCUGGUAAAUUCAGUCCCAUGGACCUUUGGGGUUUACUUUCCUUAGGAGCUGACACCAUGUGUCUUUUGCAUCCCUGGUGGUGCUUGGUGCUUCUGCCCGUCUGGGCUCAUUGGGAUUAAGAGAUGAUUUUAGGGAAUCUCGGGCUGGCAUUCCCUGUGCAUGUACGAGCUGUUCCUAUAAAGUCAUGUGACUGGCAAUUUAACGAAGGUUUUAGAGCUUCUGUAUCCCAGUAUGUGUUGUCCCCCUUGAGUGGCUCCAGCAGGAGACUGCACAGAUUUCCAAUGAUGUUGCCAUUGGCAAAAACAUUUCUGGAACCGUCCUCAGCAUCUAGAAACAUCUAGAAAUACAGACUUCUAAGAUGUUAGAAUUGGAAGGGACCUUAAUGGUCACCUUUUCCACCCUCUUCCUCUUACUAAGGCAGAAACUGAGAUCCAGAAUGGUGACUCCCCUGGUGACUAGAGAUUUCCUGUAUCACCUUCAUUUGAUUCCUCUCAGGAGAUUUUUGCCCCCUCUUCUCAGGGCAGCUAUGUGGUGACAGGAGGGAGAAUUUUAAGUCUGAAACUAGUCAGAAGCUGUUUGAAGCCUCUAGAAGAGAAGGUUGGUCAGAAUUGUUUGGAGUUACAGACGAGGUCUAGCCAUCAAGCAGUUGGAGCCAUUUCUUCCUGCGGCUCAUGAAUAGUUUCCAGAGAGAAGUUCCAGAGAUGAUGUGAGUGUUUUGGUCAUCAUUGAGAUAUGUGGAACCUCCUUGGUGACUACUUAGGUGGGAGUGUCCCUCACUUGAAUGUAUGUGUUCUGUGUGUGUCUGUGUGCGUGCACACGUGCAGAUGUGUGUUUAAAAAACAUGCGUCCACUGCCUUUCUCUAUAUGCGCACCACUUUGAUUCCAGGCCCUGCCAGCAACAUAGGCCUCCACAGGCUGCUGGACGGUCGGUCCCCAGGAUAGCAGAGCCGGUGCUGGUCUGCGGAGGAAGGGGGAGGUGACUCACUAAAGACCCUUAGAGAAAAAGCCUCAGCUCCUGCCAUUUCCUAGAACUGCUCAUUGGCCUGAGCGAACAUCCCCUGGGGGGCUCGUCCACUCGGUGGUAGCAAAAACACUUCUUUUUCCACUUACCACCUUUUUUGUAUGUCUUCACUCAUUUGAAAAACACGUUUCAGUUGGAACUGAUUUUUGGUUCUGGAAAAAAAGAUAAAUAUUUUUAAUAGAAAAAGAUAUAUAUAUUUUAAAUAUUUCCCCAAAGUCAUACUUUUGUUUUAAGAAGUAACAUAGCAGUAGCAAGGAAUUUUAGGUUCAGGUGCUGAGUGCAAAGCUCCCUCCUGUGAAGUGAGUAUUCCAAAUGCUAGAUCCAGCUUCCAGACUUUGCCCCUUGCACCUCCUGCUGUGUCCAGAGGGGGCCUGACAGUUGUCCAGACUUCCGGCUGAGCUGGAGUCCUUGCUGUGGAGGGAAAGCAGUUUAGGUUAAGGAGUUACAGGGCUUAACCUCUCAUCUGCUCGGCUUUGGAGGAGGAAAAAACCACUAAGGUAUUAUCUGUAUUUUAAGAUGCUUCCCCUACUUAACUAAAAUCUGAACACUUUCUCCUUAUGAAAAAUGUCUGUGUCCUGUUGCUUGCUUGUUUGCUUGUUGAUAUGAAUUAUUUGUAGAAAGACAAGAAGGGAAAACAGAGUGAUGAGGAGGGUUGGUGAGGGAGAACGAGAAAGACACUAUUUCACAAACCAAACAUGUCUCACGAAUCAUUGGAAUCGGAUUCAUCAUACAAAUCUCCCACGUCCUACAAGCUCUGCUCCUUGUGUUUAGGCAUUCUGUGUUGUUUGGUGUGGUUUGGUUUUUAUUAAAAGGGAAGUUAGGAGAGGUUGGAGGAUGAAGGUCAUUCUGAUGGGAAAUCCAAGAAAUGCGGUGCCCUGAGAAGGGGGCUCUCAGCCCUUUCCCAUAGAGUGGGGAAGACCGUGGGCAGCAUAUUCGUGAUGUGUUGAUUGUAUCUACUGGAAGGAGUCAUCUGGGUCUGCUGGAUCCAUGUCAGAGGAUUAAGCAUCCAGCCCUUGGACCCUUUCAUAUAAUUGCCUCUUUUUAAAAGGUUAAUUCGUCUUGGCUGAAGCUUCCCAGGAAAACCUUUUGUGAGUGGUUCCAUUUCUUAUUUUUUAAAUUUUUUAGAUUUUUGUUUGGAGGAAGAACUGGUGAUGAAUGCCUUCUGAUUUUAUUGUUUUUUAGGGUUUUGUUUUUGUUUUUGCUCAUUUUCCCUAAAAGAAAAAUGCCCUUAAGAGAUUAAAGCUGCUUAAUUAA